CUCUGAUUAUGACAGAGAAAUCCAAACAAUAAUAAAGGAUUCUUUGAUCACUGAUCCUUUGAUCCUGCUCGUUAUUGUAAGGAUCAUAGCAAAAUUGUUUCUUUAAAAGUGAUACAACUCAAAACAUACCAACUAUGCUUGGGGCAAUCCAGAAACAAGAGCGUCCGCUUGGUAACCUCAAGUCGGAAACUUCCAUACAAACCGCCGAUUUCACAAGACCAUACAAAUGCCACAUUUGUGAUAAACGAUACAUUUAUAAGAGGGGUCUUGCCAGGCAUAUCGUGCUCCAUCGUAAAGAACGCCCCUUCGGUUGCGAUAUCUGCGGCAAAAGAUUUCUCUUGAAGCAAUACAUUGAUAAGCACAUGCUUGUUCAUACAAGAAAUUAUCAGCAUGUUUGUGAUGUGUGCGGCAAAGGAUUCUGUUCAAUUACCUACUUGACGGAGCACAAGGUCCGCCACACCGGCGAGCGACCGCAUAAGUGUAACAAAUGUGACAAAGAUUUCUCACGUAAAAAUGAGCUGAAAUUGCACCUGUUGGAUCAUACGGAAAAUUGUUUGUACAAGUGCGAUUUGUGUGACAAAAAAUUUCUCAACAAGGGACAUUUUGUCAGUCACAUACGGGUACAUAGCGGCGAACGACCCUUCAGUUGUAAUAUCUGCGGCAGAGAUUAUCCUGAGCAAGUUCAGCUGACCGCUCAUAUGUCCGUUCAUACUGGCAAAUUUCAGCACACCUGUGAUGUGUGUGGCAAAGGCUAUAACACCACACAUCUAUUGCGAAAACACAUGGUGAAACAUGUCACCAUGCCAUCGGACAGCAAACAAUCGUUACCAGAGAUCAAAGUGCGGAACGAUGGGGAAUCCAACAAUCAACAAUUAGUGCAUCAAUGUGAAUUGUGUGGAAAACGAUUUCAACGUAAAAGCUACCUUGCCCGACACUAUCAGGCACACAGUGACAGCUUGUCAGUCAGUUGUGAUAUCUGUGACAAAAAAUUCUCCAGCAAGAAUAGCUUAACCAUCCACAUGUUCACCCACACGGGUAAUCAUCGGUUCAAAUGUGAUGUGUGCGGUAAAGGAUUCACUGCCAAUUGUAACUUGAUGUCUCACAAACGUGUUCAUACCGGUGAGCGGCCUUUCGAAUGCACCGUUUGUGGAAAAACUUUUCAACUCAAGUCGAACUUGAAUGCGCACAAGUUCAUUCAUUCGGACGAGCGGCAAUUUAAAUGUAACAUCUGCGACAAAGAUUUUACCCAUAAACAGAUUCUGAACAGGCACAUGUUUAUUCAUACCGGUGAAUUCCAGCACAAAUGUAAUGAAUGUGGUAAAGGGUUUGUGGCUGCUGCAACCUUGAGGAAACACAUGCUUAAACAUGCGGACGGGUCCCUACGCAGCAAGAAAGGAAUUGAUAGGGACGAAAAACUACCAGAUCCAGGCACAACCAAACAGGAAGUCUUCGAGUAACUUAUUAAAUCAGAAGAACCAGAAAAAAAACUAAAAGAAAUGCUUGCCCGAUAAAUUUAUUGAAUGAUUAGAUUCGUUGAAGAAGCUCA